CGUGUUAUAUCGCAAAAUACGUCUCAAUUGAGGUGGUUAUAUCGAGUUUUGGUUACCGGUGCUGCGAUAGUACGCGCGGAGACGUCCAGUAGGACGGCGAUAACGGUGACAAGUGCGCCGCGAAAGGGACAGAGACAGAUAGAGUUGACGGGAGGGAAUGGAGAACGCCAUGCAGCCGCCGCUUCCACCCCCACCCCCACCCCCACCCGCUUGCGACAUGCCACAGAGUAGCAGCACGGAACAGACGGUCACCCACGAGUUGACAUUCGGAAGGAAUUCCAUGAAGGAGGAAGAAAACACCGUGAAGAUGGUUGUAGAAGAGAACGACGUGAAAACCGAGAAGUCCGAGGACGUAAUAAUGCUGAGCGAGGACGAGAAUCGGACAACCUGCGAAUCCGAUUUGAGCCCGUCGAAGAAAGAGAGCGGUUAUUUCGAAGAUAACGGCGAGAAGACGACGAUUGGCGAUAUCAUUGAGACGUACGCCAAACAAUAUGGCAGCGCUAUCCUCAGUAUCGGAUGUAGUAUCAGCACCGAGAGCAAUGGAUUAAUCAUUGACGAGGAAGCGGGUCUCUCAGACCAAGAGAACACCGAGCUUCAAGACGCUUCGACUUCCUUCUGCUUGACCGAGCAUUCAAAUGUCACAGACGAUCUCGAUGUCAGGGGGACGAUCGAAGUCGAGAUCAAGACGAGCGAAUUUGUCGAGGCUGAGUCCAUGCAAAUCCAAUGUGAGUCCAAUAAUGAGACGGAUCCUCUCGGCAAUAUUGACGACGGGAACACAUACGAUAUAGUAAAUCUGACGGGUAAUGGAAGCCAAAAAGUCGAUAUGACGCACUUUAACGUCCUGGAAAACAUUGGUAGUGGAGCUUACGGAAAAGUCUACCUGGUGCGAAAGCUGGUGGGUGUUGAUGCUGGUAAACUUUACGCCAUGAAAGUUUUGAAAAAGGAAAAGAUUGUAGAAAAAAAGAAAACGACGGAACAUACGAAGGCCGAGAGGAACAUCCUGGUGGCCAUCCGGGACAGUCCCUUCUUAGCAACCAUUCACUACGCGUUUCAGACUAAUGAAAGGCUCUGUUUAAUCUUAGAUUAUGCGGCUGGUGGCGAAAUGUUUAUGCAUCUGUAUUUUCGCGAGCGUUUCACGGAGGACAUGGUCCGAUUUUAUAUCGGCGAAAUUAUUUUGGCGCUAGAACGUCUCCAUGAUCUUGGCAUAAUCUAUCGAGACAUCAAGCUCGAAAAUAUACUGAUGGAUAAAGACGGGCAUCUCAUAUUGACAGAUUUCGGCCUUAGCAAGGAGUUCCUACCGCACGAGAGAAACGGCAACGCGCGCACCUAUUCGUUUUGCGGAACGAUCGAGUACAUGGCGCCGGAAGUGGUACGAGGGGGCUUGACCGGUCACGAUAUUGCUGUCGAUUGGUGGAGCGUGGGCGUGUUGAUAUAUGAAUUGCUGACCGGCUCAUCACCUUUCUCGCUAGAUGGCAAAAACAAUCAGCAGGAAAUUUCGAAGAGGAUUCUGAGAAGCGAUCUACCGUCGAAGCCAAUUCAUCUGAGUGAUACUGUGUGGGAUUUGAUCAGGCGUUUGCUCAUUAAAGAUCCGCGAAGAAGGCUGGGCGGUGGACCAGGCGAUGCCAAGGAGCUCAAAGAUCAUCCCUUCUUCAUGAAUGCCGCGCCGGAUUUCACUUGGGAGGCUUUAGAAAAGAAACAAAUUAAACCGCCGAUUGUUCCACUGAUUGCGCAUGAAUUGGACACCAGCAAUUUCUCGGACGAGUUUACAAAAGUACCCGUCACCCAGAUGACCCCACCGAUCAUUGAUGAUAAUAAAAUUGACUGGCAUUUCAGCAACUAUUCGUACGUGGCGCCUUCCAUAUUAUCUAUUAACGACAAGAUGAGUAGAGGCAUCUUCAGCGACAAGCAGCAGCCGUCGCUGUCCGAUCUGUACAGCGUGCGUUUCGAAGAGUCCACGUUCUUCCAGACGUACGAGCUAGAUCAAGGAAUGCCGCCUUUGGGCGACGGCAGCUUCUCGAUUUGUCUACAAUGUCGACAUCGCAGUACCCGGCAGGAGUACGCCGUGAAGAUUAUCAGCAAGAAAGUGGACAGCAGCCGCGAGGAGAACUUGCUACGCGCUUGCCAGCGUCACGCGAACGUAGUGAAGCUGAUAGAAGUUCAUCACGAUCGGCUUCACACAUAUAUCGUAAUGGAAUUGCUCGCGGGCGGUGAAUUGUCGCAACGACAGCGACCAUUUUCAGAGUUGCAAGCGAAGCGAAUAAUGCGGCAACUGGCGUCCGCGGUGCGAUAUAUGCAUGAAAGCGGCAUAGUACAUCGCGAUCUGAAGCCGGAGAAUAUUGUCUUUGCAAAUACAAGCGAGGAUUCGCCGGUGAAAAUAGUAGAUUUUGGUUUCGCCCGGAUGAAGAAUAACUGCGAGCUGUUGCGCACGCCCUGUUGCACGCUUCCGUACGCCGCUCCCGAGAUCAUAGCCAAGCAGGGAUACGACGAGAGCUGCGACAUGUGGUCCUUGGGCACCAUUCUCUAUUUCAUGCUUUCCCGCGAUCCACCCUUCCGAGCAAAUUCAUCUCACAUGGCGAAUCGCAUCAGAAAUGGCGAGAUCGAUUUCGACAGCGAGGCUUGGAGUCAUGUGUCCGCCGCGGCGGUGCAGGUUCUCAAGGGUCUGCUGACAGUUGAACCAAAGAACAGGCUCACCGCGAGAAAUCUGAGAUAUCAUUCGUGGAUAACGACGAUCAACGAUACGACGCUUCCCCCGGCGACGCCUAUCGUGGAUGUGAAUCACGUGGAUUACGCUGUGGCCGGUCCCUCAACGUCGAGCACGGCGGAGCGCGAGGGCUUCCGAUUGCGCGAGGUUGGCGAUGCCAAGCUGGCUCAACGUCGCAAGAAUAAAUGUUCCACUUCUAGCUCGUCGUCACGACCGUCUUCUUCCUCCUCGAGUCCCAUGUCAUCGAUUCAGUUGCGUCCACCGAGCGCCAUGGCGAGUAUUGCGAACAACACUUCCACAUCGUCCCCGAGCGUCUUCGAUUUCAGCGAAGAAGCAAUCAACGAGUACCUGACUUCUUCUUCCUCCGAUAAUUCUAACUCUCCGACGUGCUCGCUUCUUCAAAAGCGAGCCAUGAAGUAUAUCAACCGCAAUUUCGAGUUUUCGGGUCGUGAUACGAAGUAUCGACGCGACAUCGAUAGCGAGAACAGUUGCUGCAGUAGUAAUGGACCAAUGACGCGAUCGCGAAAACGCAAACUAGUAGAACAAAUAAGCACAAGCGGAGAUGCCAGUUCCGAUAUUUCCGAAUCGUAUGAAUCACCCUCGCAAAUUGCGCAGGACGAAACGAGCGUUCACAGGAGGCAUAAAGCCAGCAAGCGGCCCAAACGUCCUCCCACGAUUAUAGUCGAAUAGUUUUUCUCUAUUUAUGCUCCAAUAAGUUUUUAUCGUUUCCUAUGCAUUUUACACAUGUAACACGUUUGCCUUCGGCGUUUGUACAAAACGCAAACAUCGCAUCAUUCCUAUUCUCACAAGAAUCUUAGAAAAUAUCAUAUAUAUAUGCAUAUAUAAAACUAAUUAUAUAUAACUACAAGCCAUCUCCUAUUAUCUAUAGAUCAACGUUUAUUUAUGUAAAUGAUGAUUAUACAAGCACAUUUUUUUGUGCUAUUAAAAUAUCUGAUACAUAAAAAAGAUGUAAAACACUACUGUAUUACUAAGAUCAGGGUUCUCGAUGAAGUAUCGAUGUUUCUCCGUGAGAGUUUACUCAAAAUAUGUACAAAAUUUUAUUUUUAAUACCGCCAUCGAGAGAGAAAUAAAAUGGUGAGAAUUUUAUUACGUUAAACGGGGUUGUCUGUGAUUAUAAUGCGAGAACGAUACAUCUUAAGUUAUUAUAGCUUAUACGAUAAGUUAUUUUAACUUAUUAUACGCUCCCGUUAAAAUUUUCUUCCGCCGUCACUUCUUGCAAUCGAUAAUCUUAAUGAAAUCACGGUAACGAUCGACGAGCCAACACGAAGAAAAUUUUAACGAAUAUUUAUGAUGACUGUAUAAAUGGUGAAUGUGCCUAAGAAAACUCAUUGCGCUAUGAGUACAUUAAAUUAAUGUAUUAGAGAUUAGUGGCAUACGUGCAAAUAUAAUAUAAGCAUCUGUUAUUUUCACCAGUGGUAGCUUAUUAGAGACAAGAAGAAAAAAACUGAAAAGUCAGAUUUGCUUAAAAGAAAAUGAUACAUACUUUUCUCUUUUAUAAAUAACAAAAUUGAAAAUGAUGAUUAUUACAUUUAUACGAUUUUUAAAACAAUUCUCUUUAAUAAUUAUUUUAAAUCUAGAGCUAUUAAAUAUAGAAAGCGAAGAAAAGAAACUAAAUUGUAUAACGUAAGAAAAAAAAAUAGAAAUUAAAUUGUACAACAUAAAAAAAAAAAAAGGGACGGACAGGCGAAAUUUUGGAAAAAUAACAGAUGUUUUUGUUAUCGAUAUAAUCAAACUGUUGCGAGAAAAUAAAUUAAAUUCAGUUAAGCUAGACUCAAGUAAGCUAGAUUACUUAAGUUAGUUGUUUUAAUUAAUUCGUUUUCUAAAUUUGAUUUAGGUAGAUUUCAUUAAGCAAAUCAUUAGGUUUGAUUAAAUAUAAGUUUAAAUAUAAAUUUAUAUUAAGAUUAAAUAUAAAUUUAAGUUUAAUUUAUUAUUUUGACUUAGUUUUCAUUGCAAUAUUCGACCAAAUACCUUUCUCGCAAAUUGAUUUAUAUAUCUGAGAAUAAUGAAAAUUGAUUUAAUGAUUAAAUUCUAUUUUGAAAUUUAUAUUGUAUUUGAAAAUGUAAAACGUUUAAAUUGGAAAAGAAGGGUAUUUUUUCCUCCCCACAUAUUUUCCCAUCACCAUCAAAAGUACUGAUUGCGAGAGGAAAUCUAUUUGUAAUAUAUAUAUAAAAUAAUUUGCAUUUUUAGUUUUGAAUUUUUAUUUUAUAUAUUAGACAUACACCUUACUCUAAUUAUUAUAAUGAGACGGCUGUCUCACUUGUUAUGCGGCAAUCGCUGUGAGAGAUGAACUAGCAAAAUGGCAAAGACUGAAAUGUGGUUGUAUAUCAACUCAGGGAACAGACGCGUGUUAAUUGGAUAAGGUCUUAUGUUAUUUUGUAUUGAAUUAGAAUUAUGCGAAAAAUAGCAUGCACACAUGCUUCUACCAAAGAUGACUGAAGCAACACUGCUCUUUAAUAAGACCAAAAACAAAAAAAAAAGUACGAUAUCGGCGGUAGCGGCGAGAAAUUAUGUACUAUAAAUAUAUUAUAAACGAGAGGUAUUAUCGAAAAUUUUUCAUCAUUUAAUUAUUACGUAAAAGUAUUUAAGACAAGGAAAGUGCGCAGAUUAUAUAUUUCAGAGAAAGCAUUUCACGCGCUAUAGAGAAUAUUCUUUAAGAGAGAAGAGAUAUACAUAUAUAUAUUUCUAUGUAGAUUCGUAUAUAUAAAAGUCAUUACAUCUCAUAAGUCAUAUAAGUUGUUUGAAAGAGAACAAAUCAAUUUUUUCUAGUAAUAUAUUACUUGUUAUGUUAGGAUGCUCCUUCGAAGUUUUUAUUAGGUGACAAAUAAGAAUAUAAAUAGAUAUGUAGAAAGUUAUUAUAUACAAGCUGAAGGGCUUGUAUCUUGCGAGAAUAUUGUUCUGUUGCUAUAAGUACGUAAAAGAAAAGAGAACCUACCUUUGUUACCACUGGUUGUUAAAUAUACGAUGCAAUAUUUUAUAUAA